AUGCCUGGGGUUUACGAUAGAUUCAACAAGGAUCUAUCAAAUGGUAUCAGAGCAGUUGAUGCUGGGGAAACAAUGAUAGCAAAUGAACAACAACAACAAUCUCUGUGGAUUCAACAACAAGCAAAGGACCAUGAGGAGCUGAGGAUAAUCCAAACAGAUCUGCUAGAGAUUGUGAAGCUAAUGGAGAUGCAUCGUCAGAAUCAGAUAAAGAGAGAAGAAGAGACAGAAGCUAAAAUAGCACAAAUGAAAAAAUAUUACUACUCAGAGGAAGGGAUGGAGGCUGAGAAGGCUAAAUGGAGACAAAUUUAUUACUCAACCUUGAAGGAGAAGGAGAAAGUAGUCCAUGAAGAGGAGGAAGAGGAAUCAUUGGAAGUUGCUGAGUUGGAAUCGGAUGAUGAAGAGAAAUCAUUGGAAGUUACUGAGUUGGAAUCGGAACCUGUGAUGGAACCUCAGCUUCCACCAUCACUGCUGUCGGAUCCACAACUUUCUCCACCACUUUCACCAACGCUGUUUACACCAGCUCUAGGGUUCGAGAAGAGAAACGAGACUACAAAUCUGUCCAUGGCAAGCACUAAUCAGAGUCUUAGGAAGCUGGAGAUGCCUUUGUUCGAUCACCACAGACCUCGAGGGCCGCCGCCGCCCCGCCCUCCACCACCGUCGCUGUCGUUUUCCCCACGACUGCUGCUACCACCGCCGUCACCACCGCCAUGA